CUUCCGUCCAGGCCUGAAUCCAAGAUGGCUGCGCUCUUAUUGAGACGUGUUGGCCGUCAUUGCCUCCGUGCCCACCUUAGUCCUCAGCUCUGUAUCAGAAAUGCUGUUCCUUUGGGAACCACAGCCAGAGAAGAGAUGGAAAGGUUCUGGAAUAAGAACAUUGGUUCAAACCGUCCUUUGUCUCCCCAUAUCACUAUCUACAGUUGGUCUCUUCCUAUGGUGAUGUCCAUUUGCCACCGUGGCACUGGUGUUGCCUUGAGUGCAGGCGUCUCUCUUUUUGGCUUGUCGGCCCUACUGGUCCCUGGGAACUUUGAGUCUCAUUUGGAACUUGUGAAAUCCCUGUGUCUGGGGCCAGCACUGAUCCACACAGCCAAGUUUGCACUUGUCUUCCCUCUCAUGUAUCACACCUGGAAUGGGAUCCGACACUUGAUCUGGGACCUAGGAAAAGGCCUGAAGAUUCCCCAGCUGUACCAGUCUGGAGUGGUUGUCUUGGUUCUUACUGUGUUGUCCUCUGUAGGGUUGGCAGCCAUGUGAAGAGCUGAAGUUUCCAACAUCAUCAUCUUACAAAUGAUUGCAUUGACCUGUCUUCCUGUUUGUCACUCUUAUCUCUAGCCAGGGCAAAGUUCUCCUGAUUUGUUUAGUCCCUUUUGUGCUUGCAGAGCCCCUUGGAGCUUGGCAGUAGAGUACCUUAUAGAAUCAUAGUAGUGGAAAAGGGUCCAGUUUUCCCCUUGUUUCUAAAGAUGGAAUGACUGCAAAACUCCCUUUUCCUACUCCCAGCUUGCAGCCUACUCUGGGCCUAGGAGCCCUUAUUCUCUCUCCAUAUUGGGCCUUGAUUUGUGCUGAGGGUCAGCUUUUGGCUCCUUCUUCCUGAGACAGUGGAAACAAUGCCAGCUCUGUGGCCUCUGCCAUGGGGACCGGGAGUGGGGCUUUGGGUGCCACUGCCUGUGGGUUGCUGGCUUAAAGGACAAUUUUGUUCAUUGGUCAGAGCCCAGGGUCUUUAGCACCCACACAAUGUGACUGAAAGAAGAGGGGUGGGAGUGGAGGGGAAUUAGCCUGUCCCAGCUAGAGAGAGAUAGAGAGAGUUGGCUCUUGGAGCAGGUGCUUUGGGGAGAAGAUAUAUAGCUUUUGAUGCAACAGGAAAAUCCAGAAAAUUAUCAUUGAACUUAUUAAGGGUUAUUUCUUUUCCUUGCAUUUCUGGAAAAACAAGCCUCUUAUUGUCAUGUUUUCUAAUCCAAAUUCAUGUGACAUCUUUUUCUGAAACUGAAUUAAAAUACUCAUUUUGUCUUGGA